CUGGCCUUGCCUGGUGCUUGGUGCCUGGCGUCCAGGGUGAUUUCCUUUCAUAACGACCACUGCCAUCCCUGCAUUAGCAUUUUCACUGCUGUGAGGGCAACGCUCAAGGGUGUACGUGUGUUUAGUUGCUUGCUCUUCUACGGGCCUCAUUAUGCAGGGAAUGGGAAAGACCGAGAGAGGAGAGCAGGGCCGAGACAUCGACCUGACAUCGCUGAGAUCCACCAUGCCAGCCAGUGGCCCUCUCCAGGGAGGUUCAGCCUCUAACCUGAACAUGAACCUGUAUGCUACCAAGAAAACAGCGGCUGAAGGCAUGUUGGACAUCGCCUUGUUCCUGGCUAACAUCACACACAUGAAGACGGUCAUUGAACAGGGUGCUGGCUACAGGUACUAUGCCGCUGUCCUGACGCUCAUUUCCUUCUCCCUGGCUCUUCAGAUAGUGGCUGGAAUCCUGAUCAUCAUAAUCGCCCGCAGGGACCUUAAUGUGGUGUCCAAUCAGAAACGACUCGACUACCUGAACAACGUUGCUACGGGCAUCAUCUUCGCCACCACAGUAAUUAACUUCUUCAUCAGCUUCUUCGGCUCCAAGAGGACUGGCUUCUUCCGCUGGCUGUUGGCUCGACUCCACUUUUGACACACACGAGACUACGAAUACACUCACAUAUCCAACUCAUGCACACACCCACCAGCACCCUUUGGACCAGGAUUUUUAUCUGCACACUUGCGUGGCACAUUGGUUUAAAAGGUUUAAGUGCUCAUUUUGACAAAGUUGGAAAACAAGUCAUGUACAAAUCACAUGUUUGUGAUCGCAUCUUAAUUCCUGUUCAGACUUUGUAAAAUUUAUCACGCUGUAACCCAACUAAAAUAUAUUCAUGUUAACCAACUGUCAUUUAAACACACAUAAUUUGAAUUGCUGCAAUGACACGCUUGUGCAAAUAUUGUGCUUUUUUUUAUUGUGUGUGUGUCUCCAACUUUUUUACAUGCAUUCUCUUUGUUUUCUGGGUGUAACUGAAAAAAGUAUAAAACCUGAUUUUUUUUUUUAAAUAUAUAACUUAUUUUAAAACAUGUUUGAUGUCAGUAAACAUAGAAAACAGCCAUAAAAUGGGUAAAUAUCUAUAUAAACAGAGAGCUAAAUAAAAAAAGAGUGAUUGAAAAGAAAGCCAAACUUGGCUUAUUGUGUUUUUACUGAAGAUUGCUUGCUGUUAGUGGACAAUUGAAGUGAAAAUAGUGAAUGCAGUGUACCAGAAUAUGCAGACUAUAGUCUGUAUGUUCAUGCAUGUGAAUAAAAUGAUGAAGGAGAGAAGUAAUGUGACUUUUGGCCUGUGUCUGUAUCUGUUACUUUUACAGAUUAAA